GCGCUGCUCCCAACGCCUGUAAAUACAGCUAUCAACUCCGCAGAUCGCGUAGUCCAUGCCCUGGCUUCCCCGCUUCACUGAUCUGUGGCCCCCGGACGGUUCCCAGAUCCACUGCUUCUUUCGAGGGCGCAGACGAGGAGAUCCGGAGUGUGGAAGCGCCGGGGAGAAUUGUGUUACUCCGGGUGUCAACAGCUGCGGGAGGCAAGUUUGUCCGGGACAGAGUCUCGGCCACCAUGGCUCCCACGCUGAAGCAGGCGUACGGCAGGCGCUGGUGGAUGGCUUGCACCGCUGUGGUGGAGAACCUCUUCUUCUCCGCGGUGCUCCUGGGCUGGGCCUCCCUGCUGAUCAUGCUCAAGAAGGAAGGCUUCUAUUCCAGCCUGUGCCCAGCUGAGAACAGGACCAAUACCACCCAAGAUGAACAGCAUCAGUGGACAAGCUGUGACCAGCAGGAAAAGAUGCUCAACCUGGGUUUCACCGUUGGCUCCUUCCUGCUGAGUGCUACCACACUGCCUCUGGGAAUUCUCAUGGACCGCUUUGGGCCCAGGCCCCUGCGCCUGGUGGGCAGUGCCUGCUUUGCCGCAUCCUGCACUCUCAUGGCCUUGGCCUCCCGGGACACCGAAGUUUUGUCCCCGUUGAUAUUCCUGGCACUGUCCUUGAAUGGAUUUGCUGGCAUCUGCUUAACGUUUACCUCACUCACUCUGCCCAACAUGUUUGGGAAUUUGCGAUCCACUUUCAUGGCCCUCAUGAUUGGCUCCUAUGCGUCUUCUGCCAUCACGUUCCCUGGAAUCAAGCUGAUCUACGAUGCUGGAGUCCCCUUCACUGUCAUCAUGUUCACAUGGUCUGGCCUGGCCUGUCUCGUCUUUUUGAACUGUGCUCUCAACUGGCCUGCAGAAGCCUUUCCUGCCCCUGAGGAAGUUGACUACACGAAGAAGAUCAAACUCGUUGGGUUAGCCUUGGACCACAAGGUCACAGGUGACCGCUUCUACACCCAUGUAACCAUUGUGGGUCAGCGGCUGAGUCAGAAGUCCCCCAGCCUGGAGGAGGGGGCUGACGCCUUUAUUUCAUCCCCGGAUAUCCCUGGUACCUCAGAGAAGACUCCUGAAAAGUCUGCCCCUUUCCGCAAGAGCCUCUGCUCCCCCAUUUUCCUGUGGAGCCUUGUCACUAUGGGCAUGACCCAGCUUCGGGUUAUCUUCUAUAUGGGUGCUAUGAACAAGAUCCUGGAGUUCAUUGUGACUGGUGGCAAGGAAUGUGAGACGAAUGAGCAGAGACAGAAGGUGGAGGAGACAGUUGAGUUCUACUCUUCCAUCUUUGGAGUCAUGCAGCUGUUGUGUCUUCUCACCUGCCCCCUCAUUGGCUACAUCAUGGACUGGCGCAUCAAGGACUGUGUGGAUGCUCCAACGGAGGGCACCCUGAAUGAGAGUGCUUCCUUUGGAGAUGCCAGAGAUGGGGCUAGCACCAAGUUCACCAGACCACGCUACCGCAAGGUACAAAAGCUCACCAAUGCCAUCAAUGCCUUCACCCUGACCAACAUCCUGCUUGUGGGUUUUGGCAUCGCCUGCCUCAUCAAGAACUUACACCUGCAGUUGCUGGCCUUUGUCCUGCACACCAUAGUUCGCGGUUUCUUCCACUCAGCCUGUGGAGGUCUCUAUGCUGCUGUGUUCCCGUCCAAUCAUUUUGGGACACUGACAGGUCUUCAGUCUCUCAUCAGUGCCGUGUUUGCUCUGCUGCAACAGCUACUCUUCAUGGCCAUGGUGGGACCCCUGCAUGGAGAUCCCUUCUGGUUCCGAGAUGCCUCGCAGGCUGGAACCAAACAGUUAUCUAGUUGUCCUUUGGGCAUGGCCACCUCUGGCCACCUCAUCUCCAUUUGCAAGACCUUGGUCUCCAUGCAGUUCUCCACUUCUCUGUGA